GUGCGGGCAGAACAUGUGCUUGAUCAACACAUGCUUCGUUAUUCACUGCGCGCCUGAUGGAAUUGCAGCCCAAGUUGCACAAGAAGCAGCAGCAGCAGCAGCAGAGGCAUGCAACAUUCGCGCUGUGCCACAAGUUAAACAAAAUCUUUCCAAUUGCAGCUCGCAUUCACUAUUUGGAGCGUGAGGAGCAGCGUCCGAGCAGCAGCAGCAGCCGCUUGGGCAACGAGGGCAGCAUCGAUGCCAGCGUGGCCAGCGCCUCGCCGCCGAGUGGAGUUGGAGUCUCGCCACAGGGUUCGCCUCAGCUGCAGCAGCGCCUGGGCAAGCAUCUGAGCAAGUCCGCCUCGGAGUUGAACGGACACGAUUGCCAUCACAGCAACGAGUCGCCGCAUUUGUCGCCGAAACGCGCCAAGAGCGCCGCCUCCCCCCAGCAGCUCGUCGGCGGCGGCAGCAGCAGCGGCGUCGGGGGCGUGGCCAGCGGCGUGAGCGUGCUGCAAAAGACGCACGGCUUCUUCAACAACCUGAAGCAUCGCUGGAGUCGAGCGAAGAGCAAAGAUCGCAUCGGUCGCAAGUCGCCCAGCGACUUCCUCGAGGAGAGCACGGACUAUGCCGCCGACUACAGCUCGGAGAGCAGCUCCGUGACCCAGAGUCCACGACAUCGAGCCACCACCAUUGGUGGUUCGCCGUUGGCGCGCGACUUUCGUGCCACCGCCAAGAUGGCGCAGGUGAUUCAACGCUUCGGCGGCUCCAUGGAGGGCCGCAUAGACGAGCAGCCCGAGAACGGGAACGCCCACAGCGCGACGACAACGGAGCAGCAGCAGCAGCAGCAACUCGAGGCGCUGCAGGCCGACGAGCUGCGCCGCAAGCGGGAGACACAAUUACGACAAUUCGUCUUCUUUCAGCUGCGCGUCCACCUCAAAUCCGGCUGCGACCUGGUGGCCAUGGACAAGAACGGACUGAGUGAUCCUUAUGUGAAAUUCAAGGUGGGCGGACGGCUGCUGCACAAGUCGCGCACCAUCCACCGCGACCUCAAUCCCGUGUGGGACGAGGUGUUCAUAGUGCCCGUGGAGGACCCAUUUCAGCCGAUUAUUGUGAAGGUCUUCGACUAUGACUGGGGACUGCAGGAUGAUUUUAUGGGCUCGGCGAAAAUCGAUCUCACUCAACUGGAGCUGGGCAAGGCGGAAGAUAUCAAUCUGCAGCUGAGCGACACAACCAACGGCGAGCCGGGCCUCAGCAUGGGCGAGAUACUCAUCAAUUUGACGCUCUGGCCGCGCAGCCAGGAGGACAAGGAAAUGCACUUUCAGCGCAACUCCAAAUUGGCUGAGUCAUCGAAGCGACUUAAGUCACAAAUCUGGAGUUCCGUGGUGACAAUACUGCUGGUCAAGGCCAAAGAUCUGCCGCUGGCCGAGGACGGCAGCAAGCUCAUUGACAUACACUUUAAGUUUAGGCUGGGCAACGAGAAGUACAAGAGCAAAACGUCGUGGACGGAGCGCUGGCUGGAGCAAUUCGAUUUGCAUCUCUUCGACGAGGAUCAGAACCUGGAGCUGGCCCUGUGGAACCGGAACACCCUCUACGGCAAGGCCAACAUCGAUCUGAGUGUCUUUCAGCGCGAGACUACGCAUGGCAUAUGGAAGCCGCUGGAGGAUUGCUCUGGCGAAGUCUUUCUCAUGCUGACGAUCAGUGGAACGACGGCUCUGGAGACGAUUAGCGAUCUGAAGGCCUUCAAAGAGGAUCCGCGUGAGACGCAGCUGAUCAGAGAUCGCUAUAGCUUCUGGCGCAGCCUGCAGAAUCUGCGCGAUGUCGGGCACCUCACAGUCAAGGUAUUUGGCGCCACGGGCCUGGCAGCUGCUGACAUAGGCGGCAAAUCGGAUCCGUUUUGCGUGCUGGAGCUGGGCAAUGCGCGACUGCAAACGCAGACGGAGUACAAGACGCUAACGCCCAACUGGAACAAGAUCUUUACCUUCAACAUCAAGGACAUCACUCAAGUGCUGGAGAUCACAGUUUACGACGAGGAUCGCGAUCAUCGCGUCGAGUUCCUGGGCAAACUUGUGAUCCCUCUGCUGCGCAUCAAGAGCGGCGUCAAGCGCUGGUAUACGCUGAAGGACAAGAAUCUCUGUGUGCGUGCCAAGGGCAACUCCCCACAGAUACAACUCGAGCUGACUGUUGUCUGGAACGAGGUGCGAGCCGUUUGCCGCGCUCUGCAGCCAAAGGAGGAGAAGCUCAUUCAGCAGGAGGCGAAGUUCAAGCGGCAACUCUUCCUGCGCAACGUGAAUCGCCUCAAGGCGAUCAUCAUGGAUAUACUGGAGGCAGCACGCUAUGUUCAAAGCUGCUUUGAGUGGGAAUCCCCGGUGCGUUCCAGCAUUGCCUUUGUGCUCUGGAUUGUUGGCUGUGUCUAUGGCGAUCUGGAGACAGUGCCGCUCGUCCUGCUGCUCAUCAUAUUGAAGAAGUGGCUCAUACGCCUGAUAACGGGCACCACAGACGCCAAUGCGGGUCACUACGAUUACGACUACGAUGAGGAUGACGACGACGACAAGGAGAAGGAGGAGAAGAAGUCAAUUAAGGAGCGCCUUCAGGCCAUACAGGAGGUCUCACAGACCGUACAAAAUACGAUCGGAUACUUAGCCUCCCUAGGCGAGAGCACCAUCAACACAUUUAACUUUUCCGUCCCCGAGUUGACCUGGCUGGCGGUGGUGCUGCUGCUGGGCGCCAUCCUUGUGCUGCAUUUCGUGCCGCUGCGUUGGCUGCUGCUCUUCUGGGGCCUCAUGAAGUUCUCCCGGCGCAUUCUGCGUCCCAACACGAUACCAAACAACGAGCUGCUCGACUUUCUGUCUCGUGUGCCCGACAACGAGGAGAUUAAUCAAUAUAGGGAGCUGCCGCCAUCGGCUGCCACAGAUCUGGCACGGAAUAAUCCCAAAAAGAAAUUGAAGGGCUCAUAGUCUAUAACCAGCGCUGAUGCGGUAAUUGGGCCGCUGCAGCACAGCGCAUCCGGUACACAGCAUUUGAUGCAGCGCUUCCGCGCCAACACCAGCCAACUGAAGCACAAAUUUAGCCAGGCCAAGAGCCUUAGUCUAAGCCAGGGCGAUUAGCCGUUUAGUCCAUUAGCAAGUAUUCCAUUGAUGGCACAAGAAUCCAAGACGCAACUUUAACUAAAUGCACCAAACGUUUUUAUGCUUAACUUAAGUACUUAAA